AUGGUGCAGCAACCACCAGCUUGGUGUGAAGUAUGUGGAGGUGGAGAUCACGAUGUUGAGGGUGGUAAUCAAAACCAACACCAAGGACAAGCCAGUACAGGGCACAAGGUAGUGGACAACAGUACAAUCAGCAAAGCCAUGGAAACCAGCAAGGUCAUGGUAAAUGUUGUGAGUACUCGUAGUGGUCAUCCAUUAGAGGAGUUAACACCAAAGGCAAAAGCUGCUGAAGAAAAAGGAAAACAGGUAGAUAAAGCGGAACCAAGUGAGCAAAGGGUGAAUGAGAAACCAAAAGCAAAACCACCUCCUCCAUUCCCACAGAAAUUCAAAAAGCAGAAGGAGGAGGAAUGUUUCGGUAAGUUUAUUGAAUUACUCAAACAAGUACAUGUUAACUUGCCUUUGAUUGAUGUGUUUCAGGGUAUUCCUAAGUAUGCCAAAUAUGUGAAAGGUGUGGUAGCCAACAAGAGUAGAUUGGCUGAGUAUGCAACAGUGACACUCACUGAGGAGUGCAGUUCUAGGAUCCAGAAUAGUCUCCCAACUAAGUUGAAAGAUCCAGGCAGUUUUACUGUGCAUAUAAAAAUUGGUAAGUGCAUUGAGGCAAUAGGGUUGUGCGAUUUGGGUGCAAGUAUCAACUUGAUGCCUACGUCCAUAUUUCUCAAGUUGGGACUAGGAAGGCCCAAGUCCAAAACCAUUAUGUUGCAGUUACCCGACCGUUCGGUAGCAAGGCCAGAUGGUGUUAUUGAGGAUAUCUUAGUCCAAGUGGGAACUGUGAUUUUCCCCAUAGACUUUGUCAUCUUGGAUUUUGAGCCAGAGAUUCCAUUUAUUUUGGGACGCCCAUUCCUAGCAAUCGGUGGUGUGUUAAUUGAUGUGGCGGCUGGUAGACUGACAAUGAGGGCUCAUGACAAGGUAGAGGUAUUUGAUGUGUACAAGGCAAUGAAGUUGCCUGCAAUAUAUGAGGAGCUGUCAGCAAUUACAGUCAUUGAUGAGGAAAUGGCAACUAAAUAUGUUGAAGCCCUAGACCCUUUAGAUAAAGUGUUAAUUGGGCAAGACAUUGAGGGAUAUGUUGAAGCCCAGGAGUUGGCUAACGUUCUAGAUGUCCCGAAUGUUGAGGCCUCUCUAAAAAUAUUGAGGAAGAGGAAAAAGGCGAUAGGCUGGCAAAUGGCUGACAUACAUGGCAUCAACCCAGCUUUUUGCAUGCACAUGAUAUUUAUGGAAGAGGGCCACAAGUCAAGUGUACAACCUCAACACAGACUAAACCCAAUGAUGAAAGAUAUGGUGUGCAAAGAGCUUUCAGGAUACAACCAAAUUGUGAUUCCACCAGAGGACCAGGAGAAAACUACAUUUACUAGUCCGUAUGGGACAUAUGCUUUCAAGGGAAUGUCGUUUGGGCUAUGCAAUGCUCUAGCCACCUUCCAAAGAUGCAUGAUUGCUAUUUUUCAUGAUAUGGUUGCAGAUUUUGUGGAGAUAUUCAUGGAUGACUUCUCAGUCUUUGGGGAGUCUUUUGACAUGUGUCUAGAGAAUUUGGAUAGGCAAUACAUUCAAGCUUUUGAGUCUUUGAAGAAAAUGUUAAUAGAAGCUCCAAUCCUGACUUCCCCAAAUUGGGAGCUUCCUUUUGAGCUGAUGUGUGACGCAAGUGAUGUGGCUGUAGGAGCAGUGUUAGGGCAAAUGAAAGAAAAGGUAUUUCACUCAAUAUAUUAUGCAAGCAAAACACUAGAUGCAGCCCAAACAAACUACACAGUGAUCAAAAAAGAAAUCCUAGCCUUGGUCUAUGCUUUUGACAAAUUUAGAUCUUACCUGGUAGGGACUAAAGUUGUUGUUUAUACUGACCAUGCAGCUAUCAGGUACCUGUUCAAUAAGAAGGAUGCAAAGCCACGAUUAAUUAGGUGGAUUCUAUUGCUGCAAGAGUUUGACAUAGAGAUCAAGGAUCGAAGAGGUUCUGAAAACCAGAUCACUUAUCAAGAUUGGAGAGUUCGUCACAUGUGGGAGAGCAAGGUCAGAUCCGGGAAGAGUUUCCUGAUGAACAACUAUUGGCGCUAG